GAAGAUUAACGUUUGCGGACUGGCUUGAUAAUAAUUGUCAUGAAUCCGAAGUAGAUGAAAUGCUGAUAUUGAUUUUGACAUCAUUAAACUAAAACUAGAGCAUGCAUCCACUUCGCUUCUAUCUAUGAUGCGAAGCCAGCGUCGACUACUACGAGGAAUAUCCCACUUCAAAUUCCUUAACAAAAUCAAUGUGAGCGAGACUUUGCACUUCUCCACUCUGUUACCUCAGUUUCUUCAACCACAUGAUUCUCCAAUCCUUAAACAAAGGAAAAUUGGUCGUGAAUUGGCCAACUUAUUGCAAAAGCCACGCCCGAACAUUCCCACCACUCAUUACUAUAAGAAAAUCCAUGCCCACGUUGUGGUGUUGGGUUUUCACCAACAUGAUGUCUUCCUUGUUAACACUCUCUUGCACGCAUACUCAAAAAUGAACCUUCUGAGUGAUGCACAGAAGCUGUUCGAUGUUAUGUCUCAUAGGAACCUAGUUACUUGGUCUUCCAUGGUUUCUAUGUACACUCAACAUGGUUACAAUGUGGAAGCAUUGGUGUUGUUCUGCCGGUUCAUGAGAAGUUGCAGUGAGGAAUCAAAUGAAUACAUUUUAGCCAGUGUCGUUAGAGCUUGUACACAAUUGGGUAGUCUCAGUCAUGCUCUCCAGGUGCAUGCUUUUGUUGUUAAGGGUGGGUUUGUUCAAGAUGCGUAUGUGGGUACAUCUUUGAUUAAUUUUUACACCAAGCAUGGUUAUGUUGAUGAAGCAAGGUUCAUUUUUGAUGGCCUAGAAGUUAAAACCACUGUCACAUGGACCACAAUUAUAGCAGGGUAUGCAAAACUUGGAAGAAGUGAAGUAUCCUUGAAGUUGUUAGACCAAAUGAGAGGGGGCGAUGUCUAUCCAGACAGGUAUGUGAUUUCUAGUGUUUUGAGUGCUUGUUCGAUGCUUGAGUUUCUUGAAGGGGGGAGGCAAAUUCAUGGAUAUAUCUUAAGGAGGGGCUUUGACAUGGAUGUUUCGGUGGUCAAUGGAAUUAUUGAUUUUUAUUUGAAAUGUCACAAAGUGAAGAAAGGACGGACGUUAUUUAAUCAGCUAGAAGAUAAAGAUGUUGUUUCAUGGACCACAAUGAUUGCUGGUUGCAUGCAAAAUUCAUUCCACGGGGAUGCCAUGGACCUGUUUGUUGAAAUGGUUAGAAUGGGUUGGAAGCCUGAUGCAUUUGGUUUCACUAGUGUUCUCAAUUCAUGUGGUUCACUGCAGGCCCUAGAAAAGGGAAGACAAGUGCACGCUUAUGCUGUCAAGGUCAAUAUUGAUGAUGAUGAUUUUGUGAAAAAUGGUUUGAUUGACAUGUAUGCCAAAUGUGAUUCCUUGACUAAUGCAAGAAAAGUCUUCGACCUUGUGGCUGCUAUAAAUGUAGUAUCCUACAAUGCAAUGAUAGAAGGAUACUCAAGACAAGACAAGCUGGUUGAAGCAUUGGAUCUUUUUCGUGAAAUGAGGCUAAGUUUAUCGCCACCAACUCUAUUAACAUUUGUAAGCCUUCUUGGGCUAUCUGCAUCAUUAUUUCUCCUGGAACUAAGCAUCCAAAUCCACUGCCUGAUUAUUAAAUAUGGGGCUUCUUUAGACAAUUUUUCUGGAAGUGCUCUAAUAGAUGUUUAUUCAAAAUGCUCAUGUGUUGGGGAUGCAAGACUAGUUUUUGAGGAGAUAUAUGACAAAGACAUUGUAGUAUGGAAUGCAAUGUUUUCUGGUUGCGGCCAACAACUGGAAAAUGAGGAGUCUCUCAAACUUUACAAACAUCUACAAAGGUCAAGGCUAAAACCCAAUGAAUUCACUUUUGCCGCUGUAAUCGCAGCAGCAAGUAACAUAGCAAGUCUGCGACAUGGUCAGCAGUUUCACAACCAGGUGAUUAAGAUAGGUCUUGAUGAUGACCCCUUUGUAACAAAUUCCCUACUGGAUAUGUAUGCCAAGUGUGGAAGCAUCAAAGAGGCUCACAAGGCAUUCAGUUCCACAAACCAAAGAGACAUUGCUUGUUGGAAUUCCAUGAUUUCAACAUAUGCCCAGCAUGGAGACGCAGCAAAAGCUCUUGAGGUGUUCAAACACAUGAUUAUGGAGGGAGCGAAGCCAAAUUAUGUCACCUUUGUAGGUGUACUAUCAGCAUGUAGCCAUGCUGGACUUCUAGACCUUGGACUUCAUCACUUUGAAUCAAUGUCCAAGUUUGGAAUUGAACCAGGGAUUGAUCAUUAUGCAUGCAUGGUUUCUCUCUUGGGCUGUGCUGGUAAAAUAUAUGAAGCUAAGGAAUUUAUUGAGAAGAUGCCCAUAAAACCAGCAGCAGUAGUGUGGAGGAGCUUGCUCAGUGCAUGUAGAGUUUCAGGUCAUAUAGAACUGGGUACACAUGCUGCUGAGAUGGCAAUUUCGUGUGAUCCAGCAGAUAGCGGAUCAUAUAUAUUACUUUCAAAUAUUUUUGCAUCAAAAGGGAUGUGGGCAAAUGUCAGAAGGGUGAGGGAGAAAAUGGACAUGAGCAGGGUAGUGAAGGAACCAGGUUGGAGCUGGAUUGAAGUGAAUAAUGAAGUUCACAGAUUUAUUGCCAGAGGCACAGCCCAUCGUGACUCUAUACUUAUAUCUCUAGUUUUAGACAAUUUGAUUCUACAGAUCAAAGGGUUUGGUUAUGUGCCUAACACUGCCACAUUUUUCUUGAUGAUUGAUAUUAAUCAAACUGUACAUAGUUUGCUAUUUCGUUGGGCAACAAUAUUGGGCUUCAUUCUUUUUUCAUCCUGAAGACAUUUUUUAUCAAGGUUAAUUUUGUGAUCCAAUUAAAUUCAAGCUCACCUCUCUGUAGACAAAGGAUGAGACUGGGCAGUGAUUUUUCCUUGAGAUUGAAACAUGACAACGAACUUCUACAGCACAUACCAAAGAGAUGGAGGUGUUCUCUUGUGGGUGACAGGUCAAGGAAGGCAACGCUAAGCUUGAGUUUAGGUGGACAAAGACUCAACUAAUAGGCAGAAUUGUUGAUUAUGUGUUAACUGGUACAUGAAUGCAAAUGUGAACUUGCAACUUUAGAUUCAUCUAAUAGAACCGAUGAAUUUGUGCAUGUAAACUUUUUAUUUCUAGCAUUACUCCGAAGUCCCAAGGAUAGGACAAUUUUUUGUUUAAGAAAGCAAUGUAAAUGGUGACACCAUCCAUCCUCUCCAAAAGAAACAAUCGAUUAUUUUGCUGCUCAA